AUGGGUGACUUGGUUAUCUGCACCCCAAGAGUACAUGACUUUUCCCUAAAUGAAAAGCUGUGGGGUGACAUCCAUGCUCGUGACAUAGUGAGUGGAACCAGACUAACACAGAUUACCCAGGAGAUUAUUGAGGGGAUUAAAUUCUCCAGUACUCCAUGUGAUAUGUUAACCAUCCUCAAGAAGAAAAGAGUCAUCAAAUCUCUUACUGAAAGCCCUGUAGCGCUACAAAUGGAGAAAGCUUUAACAUUGUUAUUGCAGGAAAGGGAGUGGGAAAAAACGCUUACCGCAGAGGCCAUUGCGGAAGAAGAUAUUUAUAAAUUUACUGAAAUGAGUCUGAAUGGUCGUCAGAUCAAGAACCUUGUGAGAAUUGCCCACAAUGUUGCCAACGCUGAUGGUGCCAAAUUGUGCGCAACUCAUGUUCGUACAGCUCUAACAGCAAACGGCUACACCAUUCCCAGUCUAGGCGCUUUGCCAUUCGAUGCUAGCCUGUAUAGGAUCUACCAGUUCAUUUUGAGAUACUGCGUCUUAAACUGA